AUGAAAGCAACUCCUGUUCUCAAGAUGUUCCAUCCAACAAUAUCCACUUUUCUGCUAGUGCUAUCAACGGUACUGUUGGUUGCAUCAAAAUCCAGUGUACCAUGGAGUUCUGAUGAGCGCAGGGCACCACCUUCAUUUCCUCCAGAACCUCCGUUUGAAUUGAAAGGCAUUCUUCCGCCUGCAACUUUCUCUCAGCUCACUGCGAUUCAUCAGAAUCAAUCAUUGACAAUACCGCAAAAGAUAGCUGAAAUUGAUGAAAUUAUAAAUUCCUUACCGGUAGAUGUUCUUCAACGGCUCCCUCUUCCACCAGUAUUCCGUUCGCUUCCACAGGAUGUCCAGGAAAUGAUCAAAGUUGUACGGACAGCAAAAAACCUAACAGUGCAAGAAAAAUGGCUCCAGAUGACAGUUAUCAUUGAAUCACUUCCAGAAGAACAAAAGCGAAUACUACAGCAAGCGAUGCCGGAUUUGCCACCGACACCUUCACUGGAAUUCAAAGAUAUACUUCCAAAAGAAGCAUGGGAUCAGCUUGUUACAGUUUAUCAGGAUAUCAACCUCGAUAAGGCACAGAAAAUGAAAAGGAUUGAUGAAAUAAUGGAUGCUUUGCCGGAUUCAAUCCGCCAGAAACUACCAUUAUCAUCAUCACUCCAAAAAUUACCUGUCGACAUACAGCACAAAUUGCAAGCUAUUCACAUGGAACGUGGAUUAUCAGCAGAACAACGAGUUCAAAGAAUGACAGCAAUAUUGGGAUCACAUAUGAAAAAACUGAUAUUCCCGCAUUAG